UUCACAACCAAUCCCUAUUUUGCAGAUGCAGAGCAGUGUAAGUAUGGCAAGAACCGGGUGGAGGCCGACGCCAAGCGGCUGCAGACUAAAGAGGGAGAGCUGAUGAAGAAGAAGCAGGAGAUCAGGAACCAUCUGACCCAGCUGAAGAAGGAGAGGAGAGACCUGCGCACUGCAGUAGAGACUUCACCUGGCAAACGUUCACUGGCCUCUCUGACGGAGCGACUGAAGAAGGUGGAGGAAGACUGCAGGCAGAGGGAGGAGGAGCGGGUGACCCUGGAGCUGGAGCUGACAGAGGUGAAGGAAAGCCUGAAGAAAGCCCUGAGCGGGGGGGUUACCCUGGGCCUCACCAUUGAACCAAAGGCUGGCUCCUCUGGAGUCAAGUCACCGGCUAUGUUGCGAAAGAAACAGGAGUCUUCCCCUUUCUCCAGCUGUGACACCAGUGACACAGAGUCGUGCUCACUGCCCGUCAACAGCGCCUCGCUUCUCCGCAGGCAGCAGGGCCAGAAGGCGCCGGCGGUCCGGGGCCACGUCCUCAGGAAAGCUAAGGAAUGGGAGCAGAAGACAGGCACAUAAACCCCCCUCCUCACAUCAGUCUUAUCCUUUAUUACUUUUCAAGAAAUGUGUGUAUAUAUUUAUUUAAAACUUUUCAUAGGGUUAGGGUUAGCGUUUGGUAACAUGGCAAUCACAUGAACAGAAGCAGUUGUUGCUUUUAGUGUCCUGUCAGUACUACAACCCUUUAAACUGAGUCACCAUGGAGAUGUGCAACCUGUGUCCUUUAGUUGUUUUCUCAGAAGUCUGUUCCAGCAGAUUGACAGUGUGGAUUCAAAAAGGUGAAAACCAAGUAUUUAUUUGUAAAGGUUUAGAGCAAAUACUAGCUCCCUUUGUUUAUUUAUGUUGAUAUAUUUAAAGUUUGAUUUUGAUGAAUGAGUUGCGCUUAACAGAGUCCCAUCUCCUACAAGGUCACAGGUCAGCUUCUGCUAACAAAAUGCAUUCAAAUAAUCAUAACCCACAGCAGCAUUUAUCAGAUCAGUAAAAGUAACAUUAGCAUUGCCCAGUCGCUCCCCAGAUUAUCUUAACUCUGAGAAAGCACAAUUAAUUGUGGAGUUCCAUCUGUAUGGCUGGAUUAAUGCAAAGCUGUCUCGUUGCAGAAAGAAAAAAACAUUUUUGAUUAAAAUCACAAUUUGACAUUGUAUUCACAAACCUGUCUCAUUCCAUUAAUAACAACAGAUAUUAUUUAUUUUCUUGAUCAAGGUUGGGACAGUUUAAGGACAUUUUUACAGACAAAUUAUGAAUGAUGUAAUUCAUUAAUACAAUGUGUUUUAUGAGUUAUUACAUGAACACAAAUUAUACCAAUACUGAUCUUGUAUUUUUACUCAAAGAAAUACAAGUACAACAAAGCUUGUAGCGUUGCUAUCAAAAAAAGACUCAAUAUGGUAACAAACGAGGCGGGCUCCAGACCUCUGAAUUACUGCCCAAAUCCUUGAAUUGGUGCAUAGUUUGCUAAUGUCUUUUCCCGCUGGUUGAAAAAAUCUACCAUUUGAAAAAAGUGAUAUAAAAAUGUGAACAAACAGAAAUUAGAUGGACGCAGCGCUACAGAUUACAGAAACUCAAAAUUGGAAAGAUUCCUCUUCUUUGUUGACCAAAAAUGACAUUGAUAAGACAGAUUCACGAACCCCCACUGCAGAAAAGGGGAAACAUGAUCACAACUUCAGACUAAUAAAUGAA